UAAACGAUAUUUAUUAGCUUCUAGUUGAAUAGUCGCUUGUUUUUCUAUCGUUUUAUUGGAAAACGAUUUGUUGGAGAAUACGAAAGUCGUUUGAAUUAAAAGGAACCGAUUUCGUUGAGAAUGUAGGUUAGAAACGUUCGAGUAUAAAUUAUAAAUAAUGAAAAGAGAAUGCGCGAGAGUCUUCUAGACGUUUGCGAAUUUUGACUUUGAACGACAGAUCUAUCGGUUCAUCGAUAUUAUCGUUUACAUCAGAUAACUCGAAUGAAUCGUGAGCAUCUCUCUCUCUCUCUCUCUCUUUCUCUCGCUCUCGCUCUUUCUCGCUCUCUAUCUGAUCGAGAAAAAGCGAAGAACCGACAGUCCGUAAAGAUACGCGUUACCGUGUAGCACACAUACAGCACUUGAUAUUCUCCUACUAGUUUGAAAGAUCAUUUGUUGCGAUAGAUCAGAGAUAUAAAUGUUUUUAUUUUUCGAUGAAUUUAAAUGAUUCGCGAGAGAAGUAAGGAUCAAUAAAUGCGGGUAUAAUAUCUUGCUUCAUAGGCUCGCCGAGCCUCAAGCGUCCAUUAAAUUCAAUUACGCCAAUCAAACAACGCGUAUAAUUAUAUUUACAAUUAUAUUACGAGCAUGAUGAUCGUGUCACCGAGCCUGAGCUUAAUCGCAGCCGGAGUGGCUUCUGGGCUUUGCUUUAUCCUCUUCAGUACCUUACGGAAAGGGAAAGAAGCAGACUUACGAAGAAAAACGAAAGAGAUCGUAGUUACGGACGAUGGGCGGUGCGCUUGCUGCCUGAAGCCUUUCUUGAUCGGACGCGGUAUAAGUUGCAACGAUUGCGGCGUCAGAUCCUGCAGAAAAGUUUGUUCUCGUUGGGAUUGCGAAGACAACGCCUGGCAUUGUCUCUUCUGCCAACAGCAAAGGUCGUGGGCGAGAAAAAAGGAGAAGUGGUUCGAAACUUUUGGCGGCACGUUCAAAGAGGAGGAAUUACAUCGUUACUUCGAUACGGCUAAAUCUCGAGUCUAUCUCAACGCAGGAUUGGAAAAUGCAGCUACUGGUUCGAGUUUGGACCUGGCCGCGGGUGGUCAAGAGGACUCGAACACGAUGGAAACCGUUAGAGUCUUUAUCGAAAAAAUAAUCGAAGAUCUGAUUGGUAACGUGGACGACGCGUCUAUCGAUCGUCUCUACGAUCAUCCGGAAUAUGACAGGCUUUUGGCAACGUACAGCGUGCAAUUGGCCGAUGCUCUGGCUCGUUUGGCGGUCUCCGUACAUCUCAGUAUAGCGAACAAACCUUCGACGGAUUCGCCAACAAUGGCACACUCGGCUCUUCGCGAGCUCGUCGAACGGGCCGUCGAAGAGGCUAAAAAAUUACCUGGUCUCGCUGGCUCAUCCGUCGAUAAUCCGAGGACGAACGAAGAGUGUAAUAUUUCGGAGCACAGCUACGAAGAUCUUCUCGCCACUGCGAUAUUGAAUAAAGUCAUCGAGAAAUUCCAAAGAGAACAAGUGGAUGGAAAUAGCAACGUCCUGCAUGAAAAGCCUUCGGCUAAAGCGGAAAGCGAAAUCGAAUUAGGUCUCGACGAAGGCGUCGAAGAAGGUAGCAGCAGUUUGGAGCCUUUAUCUCAGGACGAAUGUAGUAGCGAUUGCAGCGGACCACGUUCGAGGCACUCGCGAAAUCGUCAAGAGCCAUUAUCCCUUACGAUAGAGGAACGGAUAGAGGAGGUAACAACCACUUAUACAUCCGACGAAGAUCCUCCGGAAUGUGUAAAGAAUGGACUACGCAUCACAAAUGUUCGUCGUGUGCCAUUUCCGGAGCUUGGUAUGGACAUAAUCGAUCCCUCUCAGGAAUCUUCCGAUGAAAGCCAAGACGAAGAGUAUGUAUCGACGGUUCACGUCAAUCUCGUAUCACCGUUUCAAUCCUGGGAAGAGAAUUGGCUGUUUCAAAAGAAAAGAGUACCGAUUCAAUCGGAUCCUGUUGCCAUGCUCGUACCAAGCUCUAGUGCCGAUUUUAAAGCCUUGAUCGGCGAUAAGGAUGCCGAGGAUACGUCCGAUCUUUCAGAAUGUUCAUCGGCGCAAUCUGACGAAGAAAUCGAAAAGGAACUCAUAGAAGCGAUCAAUAACGUCGUACCACGAUCACCGAAAAUAUCGGAAUCCGAGAUGGUAGAAAGUUCGUUGAAUGAAAAUGAAGUUGCUCUUAAGAAUAUUGAAGAUUUUCAUUCGACGGAGAAGUCUGGCGAAUUUACUGAAACUUUAUUCACGUUGGAUGAUGAAGAUGGAAUUACUAGAGAAUUGUGUAACGGUGACGUUAAAUGCACCGAAAAGAUGAACGGCGAAAAAAAUGCGAUCGAGGAAAUUCGGGAAGAGACGAAACUCGUGAAGAAUUCUUUGAACGAUGGCUUAGAGAAGGAAGAAACGAAUUGUAAAAUAGAAAUGAAUGAUAAAAUGUUUGAGUUAGGGUCGGCGAAAUGCGAAGUCGAAAAUAAGCAAAUGGUAGAUUCGAAGCGUGAAAUACAAAGAACGGAUAUCCGAUUACUUCAGUCUCAAAAGGAUACCUUGCCGGAUGUGCCAAAGACACCGAUUCCGUCCACGUUGGAAAAUAAUUUUGAAAUUGUAACGAACGACGUGACACUUUUAGAUUUCAACGAGAAGGAAAUUUUUAAUUCUUUGGAAUCGACUCGGUAUUAUAAAAUAAUGGAUCAGGAUAUCGAUGGCGAGGAGGAUAAGACGUUGUACUCGUUAGACGUCUAUUCUAAGGAAGAAAUACACUUUGAAGAUGGUGCUCAGCAAGAAAGCGAAUAUACCGAACAUUAUGAUACGGCAACACAGAGACACUUGGACAGUUUAACGAAAGAUGACAUCUACGUGUCACAAAAUGACAUAAUUAACAACGAAGUAAUGGAAAUAAACAAUACCGAGUCAAAUUUAUUGUUCAAAGACGAAACCAGCAAGUGCCGAGAAGCUGUGGCAUUUGCCAAAGAUGAUUCGGUUUCUUAUUUGUCCUUGGAAAAGAUAGCCAAUAAAGAUGUACACAUGGCUACACCUCCACGUCCAGGUACGAUCGCUGAAAGAGAACAUAGAAAGUGGGAAAAUGCACCACCGAUUGAAAAUAAUCCUUACAGCGAACAGAGCAUUCAAAAAAGACUUUUGGAAAGACAAUAUAGCAGAAGGUCGGCGGAUAUUCCAGGAAUUCAUCCCGAAUUGCCGAAGAGCAACGGAACCGAUCUUGUUCUAGUACCGAAUGAACCGGAUAUUAAACGGUUUGGCAGAGAUUACUACAUCAAUAAUGCAAAAUCACCAUCCGGAGAUAAGACACGAAAACCAACAACCGCGUCAGCAACGAGCAGGCCUAGCAGUGCAUUGUCUCAACGUUCGGCUUCGACCGGGACUGAACAAGAACAACAGACUGAGGAGAUCUUGGACAAGGACGUGACAUACGAUUCUAUCAAAUCAAGAAUGGAGAAAUGGCGAAGGAACAAUUCUAAUUCCUCUACGGAAGGUAGCGCGAAAGAUGAAUAUUUGGAGAAGAAGAAGAAGAACGAUGCCUCUUUGAUCAAACGUCAAAAGUCUUGGAACGAUCAAAAAGUGGAGGAUCUUUUGGAGAAUGAACGUAAGAAUAGUAAAAAUGAAAUAAACGCGAGGCUGAACAAUCAGGACAACAAUUGUGGGAUCUUCGAAGCGAAGAAAUCUUAUAUUCAGAGCGAUAAUCAGAAGACGAUACGACGUAUCGAUUUAAAAGCUUACGGAUUUGCAAACGAGUUCGAUUCUAAUAAAGGAAAAAUCGUAAAACCGACGAGACCGCAAAAGGUUGUGAACAAGCUCGAUCUUAAAUCGUUUGGUUACGAUGGUGGGCUGCGUCGUACUCAAUCGCACAAUCAGAUCGAUGGAAUCGACAUAAAGCCGAGAAUCGUUAGGGUGGAAAAAAAGUCGAAUCUAAAUCAUUUCGGGGAUCAUCGUAACUUCGACGAUCGAGAUAUCUACGAAGGGCAAUGUUCUGACGAUCGAGGCCUAACGCAAAGUACAGGAACUCUUAAUGAAAUUUGCGAGCAAAUGGAUCACAAUCUUUUCAGUACGAUGACAUCUGCCAAAUCGGUACCGAAUAUUGCGAAAAGCGAAUAUUAUGAGAAUUCAAAUGAGGAUUCGAAAGACGUCGAGAGCGAGGAAGAAAAUGCUUCAAAUGAUCCAAAGGAUAAAAAAUUGAAAGUCGAUGUUGAAAAUGACAGUGGCUCGUCGAACGUUAGCUCGGAGAUAGACGCGGAAGAAAAGGAUCGUUCUACGGAGAAGUUAUUAUAUGAAAAUCAAGAGGAGGAGGAGGAGGAGGAGGAGGAGGAGGAGGAGGAGGAGGAAGAGGAUUUUUCGGAAGAGAAAAUGAACUUGAAAAAUAUUAUUGAAAACAAACUUCCAAUGCCGUCGGUCAGAAGAUUGGCCGAGGCUUUCAACAAGCCGUCGGUAAUCUCUUCAAUUUCUGUUCCACGAACAACAAAAUCUAAUACCGCGCUCAAUGAGAGAUCUCCAACGCCAGAAGUGCAAAUAAUCGAGACGCCCAGGCAGAUGCACAGCUUAACGGCCAGAUCUCUUUCGAAACAAUUUCGAGAUGGUUUACGUCAAAUUCCAAAUAAAGUAACUUCACCACCGGCUAGUCACGUAACGAUGGAGCAACCGAAUGGUCGCGAAAAUCAAUCGGAAAUCGUACAGACUAAAAAGGAUAAUUCGUUGAAAGACAUAAACGUAAUAGCGCCUGGUAAGUUAAAAUCUAAUAUCAAAUUUUGGGAACAAAUGCAAAGGCGGAGUUAGAAUUAUUAAUGGACUUUUCAAUUGCAUCAAAAGGCAAAAUAUUACCGUCGCCGUGGCGACGAUUUUUAAAUCAUAACAUACACAUAAUGUAUUUGUAAUAAUAUACACAACACUAUUUUAUAUACUUCUAUUAGAAUUGCGUUUCCCGCAGACCAGUCAUAAUUUUAUAUGAGAUAAGUGAAAAUAUGAUGAAGCAUCGUAUUGAAACGAUGAAAAUACAAAAUGAUUGCAUUAGUAGAGAAGUUACCAUCCUUACCACGUGCAAGAAUGUGUUAACGGAAUAUAUUAAACAAUUAAUUGUGAAGUUACAUCGAGUCAGUUCAAUUACUUAUGUGAUUAAAUUUGUGCCAAAUGACAUGAACAUGUCAUUAGCCAAAGAAGAUA